AUGGUUGUCGCAGAUCCGGAAUGGAAGGAGGAGGAGCGCAGAGGACUGCUGGACUCGGUGACUUGCAGUCCGACCAGUCCCCCACCAGAUGAUGUGAAGCUUGAGUUGGGUUAUUAUGCGGCGGAUGACGAGAAGAGGGCUGAUGUGGUGCCUCCCGAGUCGGACACGCGAGCUGGGAGUGUCCGACUGAUUGUAUGGAUGACGAUCAAUAUCAUCGCAACGGUUGCCAUUGUCUUUACCAACAAGUCCAUUCUCUCGAACGCGUCUUUCCGCCAUUCGCAAGUGUCUUUCGCCGCCUACCAUUUCACCAUCACCGGACUCACCUUAUGGCUCGCAUCGCGUCCCUUUUGUGGCUGGUUUGAACCCAAGCAUGUGUCGCCCUAUCGCAUCCUCCAUCUCGUCGCGGCCAUGUGCAUUCAAGUCAUCUUCCAGAAUCUGGCGCUGGCGUAUUCGUCCGUCAUCUUUCAUCAGCUGGCGCGAUUACUCCUCACGCCCGCCACCGCGUUGUUGAACUACGCUCUCUUCCAGUCCAGCAUCCCCAAAGCCGCCUUCCUGCCCCUACUGCUGCUGUGUACGGGCGUCGGAAUCGUCUCCUACUUCGAUUCCCUCCCCUCCGCCCACGGCAAUGAUACCACGACGCCGGAAGGCAUCUUCUUCGCCUUGUCGGGCGUAUGCGCCAGCGCGCUGUAUACGGUGCUGGUCGGUCGGUAUCACAAGAAACUCGAGAUGAGCAGCAUGCAGCUUCUGCUGAAUCAGGCGCCUGCUAGUGCUGCUGUGCUGUUGUGUGUGGUGCCGUGGAUGGAGACCUUUCCGGAGGUUUCGUCGGUUCCGGGAUCAUUGUGGGUUGCGAUCCUUGCGAGCGGAAUCUUCGCUUGUCUGGUGAAUCUGUCCCAGUUUUAUAUCAUCGAUGCUGCGGGACCGGUGACGAGCACGGUGAUCGGACAGCUUAAGACGUGCGUUAUUGUAGGGCUGGGAUGGGUGUUGAGUGACCAUGAGAUUCUGCGGCAGAGCAUUGCGGGCAUUUUGAUGGCUUUGACGGGGAUGAGCUUCCGUCGUCGAUUCCAACUGACCUUCAUCCUCGCCAGCACCAUCGCCUUCUUCUACCUCUUCAACCCCAACUUCCUCCCAACGGACUAUGAAGUCCCCUUCAAACCCCGCUACGCCCGCACCCUCUCGGCCCGCGAUCUCCUCGCCCGACCCCUGUCCCAGGACCUCACCACCAUCCCCAAGAUCAUCCACCAGACCUGGUUCCCCGCCGGCACGAACAUGAGCGAAGACGCCCAAGCCUGGGUCCAGACCAUGCGCACCUACAACCCAGACUGGGAGUAUGUCCUCUGGGACGACGAGACCAAUCGCAUGCUCGUGGAACAGUACUUUCCGUGGUUUCUGCCGGACUAUAACCGUCUUCCGAAGGAGAUUCAUCGCGCAGACGUGGUGCGCAAUCUCUACAUGUAUCUUUUCGGGGGAAUGUACGCCGACGUCGACACCGAAGCCCUCCGACCCGUGGAGCCUCUCUUCACCGGCCACGCCACCCGCCUCGCCAAACACACCCACAUCCUCUCCACAGGCCCGCGCAAAACCCCCGACACCGACAACACCCAACGCGGCUUCGUCGGCCACAUGGCCCACAAAGAAGGCCUGGACGGUCCCGGCGCCGUUCCCAACGGGUGGAUGGCCUCGCCCCCCGGCCACCCCUUCUGGCUCCUCCCUGUGCUGCACGUCAUCGAACACCCCAACGGCAACGGGGACGGGUCCGUCGAGGGCCUCACGGGCCCCGGGGCACUAGGGGAUAUGUUACACAAGUACUAUGAGACGUUCACCGACAGCUCGGUACGGGGGUCUGUCUGUCGGGCAGUGCGGCGGUUAUCCCCCGGGUGGGAUCUGUACUGCGGGCCCGAGGGCGAGGAAACGGUCGUGGGGGCAACAGCAGAUAAGAUGGUCGUGUUGCCCCGCCAGCAGAUCUAUCCGUAUAGCUGGGCGGAUGAUCAGUAUCCGGCGUGUUUGGCGGCGUGGGGGAAUCCGGAGUUUGAUCCGGAAGCGUGUAAACGCUGGAUUGAUGUCGAGGAGUGGCCGAGUUAUUUUAUUACGUAUUGUACGCAUUCGUGGUGA